GUGCGUUUUUUUGUAACUUUUAUUAUAUUUUAAGACAGAUAUUUGUGAAAUAAUAAUGGAAUCAGUUGUGGGCCUUCCCUUUAAGUUUUUGGUUUGUCCAAAUCUUAAGCUAAAGAAACCGUCAUGGGUUCGACAACCAUCCGCAAUGGUCGUAUUCGCAAUCGUGAUGAUGUCUUAUUUUCUUGUCACCGCAGGAACCAUCUAUGACAUCAUAGUGGAACCUCCAAGUGUUGGACAAACUGUUGACGAUAAAGGAAACGCUAAGCCAGUUGCAUUCCUUGCUUACAGAGUAAAUGGACAAUACAUCAUGGAGGGUCUUGCUGCUUCAUUUCUCUUCUCUUUAGGGGGCCUUGGUUUUAUUAUUUUGGACAAAGCAAACGCCCCUAAUAUCCCAAAACUGAACCGGUCACUCCUUAUGCUUAUUGGUGGAAUAUCUGUGCUUGUUAGUUUCGGGAUGAGCAGAGUUUUUAUGCGUAUGAAGCUUCCAGGAUACCUUCUGUCUUAAAUUGGACGCACAGAAAAGCUCAGUUUGCAAGAAUUAAAAUGAUGUUUCUUGUGGCAUGAAGCAUUAGAAUGUAUUUUGUAUAAUAAUAAACCUAUUGUUGACUAAAGUAAAUUUAAAUAAAAUUUUCUUUUCGUAGCGCAACUUUUGAAGCAUCAAAUAAAAUAUCUCAUCUCCUGUAUCAAAUAAAA